GCGGAGGAAAAAGCUAACAGUACGCAUGCGCAGUCGUUCCGCCUUUCUCUGGCAACAUGGCGGCCCCCGUAGACCUUGAACUGAAGAAGGCCUUUGCAGAAUUGCAAGCCAAAAUGAUCGAUACGCAGCAGAAGGUUAAGCUUGCAGACCUGCAAAUCGAGCAACUGAGCCGCAUGAAGAAGCAUGCUAAUCUGACCCAUGCAGAGAUCACUUCACUCCCCAAUAGCACUCGGAUGUACGAAGGAGUAGGACGCAUGUUUAUCCUGCAGUCGAAAGAUGAGAUAAAUAAUCAGCUGAUGGAAAAGCAGAAAACUGCAGAUGACAAAAUCAAGGAGCUGGAGCAAAAGAAGACGUACCUGGAGCGCAGUGUGAAAGAGGCAGAGGACAACAUCAGAGAAAUGCUCAUGUCCAGACGGGCCCAAUAAAGUGCACAUAUAGUUCUGUUUUCAUUGACCCUUUCUCAGCCUGUUAUUCAUUUAAAUACAUUUUGCAUGUUCCUAGGGAAUACAGUUAUUUCUAGGAACAUGACCCAUGAAUCAUUGUUCUUUUCAACACAGGCCUGAAUACGGGCAUAGCAUGUAGGUCACUCAGUUGUUAACCGUUGCUCUUUAUAUUGUGACGUGUCAUGUUUACUUUUGCACUGGAGUGUAAUAAAAAUGUUUUUUCUUUA